GCACGAUUCCUCGGCCUCUCGCUGUCCCCGCUCCUUGCCGCCUCCGUGGUCGUGGAGCGGGCGCCUCCAGUGCCCUCAGCCUGGAAGGUCUCCGGGCCGGCGGAGCUGACCGAGGAGCUCGAGUUGACCUUUGCCUUGAGGCAGCAAAACCUCGACAAGCUGGACGAGGCGUUCUGGCGCGUCUCCACUCCCAGCUCUGCCGAGUACGGCCAGCACUGGAGCAACGAGGCCGUGCACAGGCUGACGGCGCCGAGGCCGGAGCACACUGCAGCGGUCCGCGGCUUCCUGCGCCGUUUCGGCGCGGAGGCCUCGCCGGCGACGCCCAACGGUGACUUCCUUGUGACCACUGUGACUGUGGAGGUGGCGCAGAAGAUGCUCAAUGCCAGCUACGUGCGCCUUGCACAUGGCUCCGGGCAGACGCUGCUUCGUGCGCCUGAGGGCUACGAGCUGCCACCGGAGGUCGCGGAUGCUGUUGAUUUCGUCGCACCGACAGUUCAUGUGCCAGGCAUCCGCCGGCCACCCUCUGAGGAUGCCAAGCCAGAUCCGGAGCUCUUCGACACGAACUCGCCGAAGAACCUCAGGAGUCUGUACAACGUCGGCGAUGCUGAGGGCAAGGCCCCCACGAAUCGUAUGGCCGUCACGGCCUUCCUGGAACAAGGUUACAGCGAGCACUCGCUGGAGGCCUUCUGGAAGAUGAUGUGUGGAGGCAUCACUUGCGGCAAGGGGCCUCCGAAAUUGGUCGGCGACUACGUGGCAGGGCAUGCCGGGGUCGAGUCGAUGCUCGACAUCGAGACCAUCACGGGUGUUGCGGGCAACGUCGAAGCCGAAUUCUGGGGCUUCGCCGGAAGGUCCAAGGACAACCCCAAGAACGAGCCUUUCUUGAAGUGGCUGACCACACUCAGCUCCACCGGAGACAAGGACGUCCCGAAGGUCUUCUCUACUUCCUACGGAGAAGAUGAAGGCUCCUGGUCCUAUGCCGCGGCCCAGCGCUUGAACGUGGAGUUUCAGAAGGCCGGCGUAAGGGGCAUUUCUUUGCUCUAUGCCUCUGGCGAUGAAGGGGCGAACUGCGAGGGCGAAGUCUUUGUCCCAGAAGGACCUGGCUCGUCGCCGUAUGUCACAGCUGUGGGAGGCACUGCCCCAGGGAAGACGUGGCCGAAGCCCGGGACAGAGGCAGAGAAGGCCAUUGGUCUCAGCUCGGGCGGCUUCAGCAGCUACUGGCCCAUGCCCGACUACCAGAAGGACGCCGUGGCUGCUUACCUCAAGAACGAGGGCCUGCCACCCAAGAGCCGGGGAUACAAUGUCUCCGGCCGUGCCUACCCGGACAUCUCCGCUCAGGCCACGAGGUUCUUGGUCAUUGCUGGCCUACCCGUGCCGGGGGU